AUGAAUUUGAAUAAAUUAUCACCACUUAGUCCAUAUGCUACAAGUGAUUUGGGGUCAAGUCCUCGAAGUUCGAUUAGUCUGGCACCAAGCAGCCUAAGUCCGUGUUGGACUAAUUUCAGGGAUAGUAAAAAAUCAAGCCUUGAAGGUGAUGGUGAUUCGGAUAUUUACUCCAAAGAUCUUCUUUCACCUUGUAUGUACUCUCCAGCACCGUUCAGUCCAUUUAGUGAUUGCACCGAGCCACCGGAAACACCGUUAUCUGCUUGUGGUACAGGUGCAUCACCUGCUUUGUCACCUUUACUCUCGAUGCAAUCGUUGCACUUCAACUUUGACACAAUUCGAAGUUCUAGUUCACUAUCAGGUCGUGUUGAUGUUAGUCAUCAUCAUCUUUUGGUACCUGAAUCAAACCUGAAUUUUCAAUCAAGGGAAAGAAGUCGUUCAGAUGGUGAGGUGACAUCAAAUGGAAAUAAUGAAAAGAUGGACACUUCAGUGGGACAAUCUACCGUAUCGAUUCCAACAACAUCCCAUCGUUUAUCAUCAGCAUCAGGUCAAUACAAGAAACGAUUGCUACAAAAAUAUGAAAAGGAACAGGAAGAUAAAAAGGUUCAAAAACGACAGUCAAAUCAGUAUGCUUCUUUCAUCAAUAAUACACUUUCUUGUCCAACUAAUGUACAAACAACAGUUAGUCUUAUAGAGGAAACAAAAGAAUUAGAAAAAAAGAAUGCUAUAUGGUUGUUAAAUAAUGAAAAGUCAAUCGAUGAUAGCUCAUCAAAAUCUGUUGAAUGUGAACCAAAACAGCCAUUAUUAUCAGCAACUGAGCCAUUUGCAAGUCAACAACAAUUCAAUGUUUGGAUGCAACAUCAACUUCUUACCUGGCGUAAUCACUGGUAUCAGAAUGCAAAUGCCUUAUCAUCAAUUCGUAGCCCUGCAAUAAUUGGUAUGGGUGGUGCAUGUCUAUUAACAGAGCCACAUGAUCAUAUGUCACGUGGGAUGACACGAAGUACUAAUUCACCUGAAAUGGAAAGUAAUUUUGGACCAAUUCGAUCUGGAACAUUCUGGCGAAGAAGUCGUUCAGAAUCAGAUGUCACUUUCGGAAAUUAUGUAUGUCAACAUUGUGGACAAGCAUUUGGGCUGCAUGAUAGACUUGCAAAGCAUAUUGCUUCACGUCAUCGUGAUCGUUCAGCUUCAGUUGCUGGAAAAGAUGGCUUAUCAAAAGCUCAUAAAUGUACGAUGUGUAACAAAUCGUUUGGUAGAAGUGACAUGCUAACUAGACAUAUGCGAUUACAUACUGGCAUUAAACCUUAUGGAUGUCAGGUAUGUGGUCAGGUAUUUUCGAGAAGUGACCAUUUGAGUACACAUCAAAGGACUCACACUGGAGAAAAGCCAUAUCAAUGUCCUCAAUGCAACUAUGCUGCCAGUCGACGUGAUAUGAUAACACGUCAUAUGCGAACACAUAUUCGUCCACCGGGAUCUCCCGAAUUUAAUCCUUUAGCAAUAAGCCAAUUAUCACUGAGUCAUUCAAGCAGUCAAUUGCAUCAAUCAGAAACGAUAGUUGGUGACACUUUAAGUCUAACUGCGCCAUGUUUCUCUUCCACUAAUUUAUCACCAAUUUCUCAGCAAUUUACAAAAAAUCCACUAAUGAUGUGUACUGCAAAUGCAGUUGCUACUGCUACUGCAGUUGCAGUAACUGCCAUUGCUGAUGGUAAGUUAUCAUUAAAUUGA